AUGGUGAGAAGCCUCCCGUCGGGCUCAUCUCAGCCCCCCGUCGCCCUCAUUUUCAGCUUCCCGUCGCCCACAUUUCAGCUUCCCGUCGCCCCCAUUUCGCGUCCCGUCGCCCUCGUAUCCCAUAUUUCGAGUCGCCCACACUUCCCGAGUCCGGUCGCCCUCAAUUCCCUUCCCGAGAACCCACAUUACCGGACCCGUCGCCCACAAAUCCCUUCCCGUCGCCCCAUUUCCCUUCCCGUCGCACUCACUUCCCUUGCCGUCGCCCUCGUUUCCCUUCCCGUCGCCCUCAUUACCCUUCCCGUCGCACUAAUUUCCCUUACCGUCGCACUCAUUUCCCACCCCGUCGCCCUCGUGUCCCUUCCCGUCGCACUAAUUUCCCUUCCCGUCGCACUCAUUUCCCUCCCCGUCGCCCACAUUUCCCUUCCCGUCGCCCUCGUUUCCCCUCUCGUCGCCCUCAUUUCCCCUCUCGUCGCCCACAUUUCCCUUCCCGUCGCCCUCAUUUCCCCUCUCAUCGCCCACAUUUCCCUUCCCGUCGCCCUCAUUUCCCCUCUCGUCGCCCUCGUUUCCCUCCCCGUCGCCCACAUUUCGCUACCUGUCGCUCACAAUUCCCUUCAUCCUCCCUUCCUCUCAUCCGCCCUUCCUCUCGUCCGCCCUUCUCUCACAUCCUCUCUCCCUCUCUCCGCCCCUCCUAUCGUCCUCAUUUCCACUCGUCCUCCCUACCCUUCUUUCGCCACACGCCCUCAUCCGCCCUCCCCCUCAUCCGCCCUCCCCCUCGUCCGCCCUCCCUCUCAUCCACCCUUCUUCUCGUCCUCCCUCCCCCUCAUCCGCCCUCCCCCUCAACCGCCCUUCAUCUCAUCCUCCCUUCUCUCAUCCAACCUUCCUCUCAUCCCCCCUUCCUCUCAUCCUCCUUUCCUCUCAUCCUCCUUUCCUCUCAUCCGCCCUUCCUCUCAUCCGCCCUUCCUCUCAUCCGCCCUUCACGCUCUCAUCCUCUCUCCUUCUCAUCGUCUCUCCCUCUCAUCCUCCUUACCCUCGUCCACCCUUCUUCGCGUCCUCCCUCCCCCUCAUCCGCCCUUCAUCUCAUCCUCCAUUCCCCUCAUCCGCCCUUCAUCUCAUCCUCCCUUCCCCACAUCCGCCCUUCAUCUCAUCCUCUGUUCCCCUCGUCCUCCCCUCCUCUCAUCCUCCUUUCCUGUCAACCUCCCAUCCCCACAUCCGCCCUUCCUCUCAUCCGCCCUUCUCUCUGAACCUCUCUCCUUCUCAUUCUCCCAUUCUCUCAUACUCCCUUUCUCUCAUCCUCCCUUCCUCUCCCCUGCCAUUCCACUCGUCCCCCCUUCCUCUCAUCCAACCUUUCCUCCCAUCCUCCUUUCCUCUCAUCCGCCCUUCCUCUCAUCCGCCCUUCACGCUCUCAUCCUCUCUCCUCCUCAUCGUCUCUCCCUCUCAUCCUCCUUUCUCUCAUCCACCCUUCUUCAGAUCCUCCCUCCAUCUCAUCCGCCACCCCCCUCAUCCGCCCUUCAUCUCAUCCCCCCUUCCCCACAACCGCCCUUCAUCUCAUCCUCUGUUCCCCUCGUCCUCCCUUCCUCUCAUCCCCCCCUCCUCUCAUCCUCCUUUCCUCUCAUCCACCCUUCCUCUCACGGGAGAUCCGCAAGGGCAAGGGCAAGCAGCGUUGGACAUCAGCCAAGUCACCAUCAGCCCCAUUCAUCACUGCACCUACACGUGUUCACGUGCAACUCUAAGCGUGUGCUUGCCUCGCACUAA